AUGGCACACAAACACCAUCGACGUUCCCAUGUGCGCCAGGACACGGGCGACGAGAGGCUAAAUACAUGCGACAAGAAGCUUGAGCAUGGAGAUGAUGCCGAGUUUGGUACCGAGCCGACGGAAGAAUCAAGUUUUGACAUGACAUGGUCGCACCCAGUAUUGGAUCCGUCGGGACGAUUCUUUUACCAGGCCAUGAGGUUGUCUGACGGAAGCCUAAAGUAUCAUAUAGAGGGGCUGCAGGCGAGUGCAGAUCCAAUCGAGGCAUCUCAACGAUAUCGAAACCAUCUAUCACUCCAAGGGCUCGACGACAGGAAUCAACUAGAAAAUCUGCAACACUCGAUCUCUGUUGAGCAACAACAAUUGGGAAUAAAUCAUUCACCUCCCGAGGCAGCUUCGAAUAGCUCCAAAGUCGCCAUAGAAAACUGUGCGGGCAACGCCAACUCCCAUGAUACACCAAAGGUGGCAAGCGUGAGCAAGAGUCGUAGCACGGUUGUUUUUGUGGAAGCUGGAUCUAUAGGCAAAAUACAGCAAGUAAAACAGGUUCCAAGAGAUCGAAAAGGUCGCAAGGCUGCUGCUCAAGAGAUCACAGUCCAGCAGAAGCGCAUCAAGUCCCAGGACAGGAAGUACCAGGAGAGGCAGGCACAGAAGGGGGCUCGGUCUCGACAGAUAGUAUAUCAUUGGCUCUACGCGAGUGAGCCGUGA